GACUACACUUGGAUGCAGGGUUGGCAGCAGCUGCAAGCUUAACAAGCGAUUGUUAUCAAACCCGCCAAACCUGCCUCACAAACCACAUAAGAGCCAACAUGCAGCUGCGACAAUGCCACCUGCGUGGGAACACGAGAACAUUUGGCUCGGCGCGCAUAUGCCAGCGGAAAAUCGUUGUAGCUCGCUCGGGCGGGCAGCAAGGGCUGGGCGAGGACGUUCUGGCAAAGCUGCGGGCUGCCGAGGAGGAGGCUGCGCGACUAAAGGCUGAGCUCGCAGCGCUUCAAAGCGCCAAGGGUGUUCCCGAGGACAAGGUGGAGAAGGUGGAGAAGGUCCGCAUUGACAGCACGGACAACCGUGAAACCCUGUUCGGAGGCGGCCCGCGCUCUGCCUGGCUGUCGGAGAAAGACGUAGAGUUCUUCUCGGGGCCGGCGGGCGUGCGGGAGGAGGACGCGUCCACGUUGGAGCCCGAGUACAAGGCCACUGUGACGCGCCGCCUGCUCAUCGGCGCCGCCCUCACGGCCGGCGCGGCGGCCUUUGCGUUGGUGCCCACUGAGGCGCUGCGGCCCAAGCCCAGCAAGCCGCUGUACUUCUACCUGGUCAGCCUGCUGCGAGUGCAGGAUCUGCUGGUGGACUGCAAAUCUAUUAUUGAGGACGCGGACUGGGAGCAGCUGCGCGGUGCGCUAGCGCGCAUUGAGGGCCCGCCCAACAACAUCCGCGCCACUCUGGACGCCAUCAUCGCGCUCAUCCCCGAUUCCAGGACCGCCGCGCGCGUCACGGAGCUGUCGGCGGAUCUGUACGAGUACCUUAAGAGCCUGGACUACCAGCAGUACUUCGACAGUCCCCUGCGCGCCAAGGCCAACACUGGCGCCCAGAACGCGCAGUACGCGUCUUUCAGCCUGCAGUCGCUGCAGGCGGCCCAGGGCAAGCUUAACGAGCUGCUAACACUGGUGCCUAAGGACCAGUUGCAGCUGGCGCGGGACCAGAUGGCGGCCGGUUACUGAGCGGGCUGCAGCAAGGUACGGCAUACCGGUUAUUGUGUGAUGGUGUGCCUAAUAUCACGGAGGUCGGAACGGAGGGGUGUCGGAAGAGGCUGCAUGGGCUGUGGUUGAGGCCCGGGCGUGUGUGAUGCUAAGGCUGGCAGUCAGGCUGGCACUUGGGUAAAACUAAAAGUGUGUGGCGACGGAGGCAGCGUAGAACGUGCGGAACUUUCGGACGUGCGUAUCUGGUGUAAGUACGCAAUGCACAGUUAUUUGGUAGACUGGGGCUGCGGGAUAUGGUACCUGAUCAUAGCAAUACCUCCUGUCCGUCGGUUCCGUGUGUCGAGCCCAGUCGUACUGCGGGUUGCGGCCAGACUUGUUUCGGCGAACGGCGGGCGUGUCGCUCUGGGAGUUUGGGUUUCCUCGUGCCCAAGGCCCCGUGACUGCACUAAGGGCUGCAACUCGAGUGUCACCGUUGUAAUGCAAAAUGCGCUGAUAACGCGGGCAAUGCGUGUUCCCACCAGAUUGUCUCAGAGAUUGCAUGGUUUUCCUUGUAAGUUGUGUUCGAA